AUGUUCCAGCGUCUAAGAAGAAUGUCUUCGGCCAACUGGGGCGUGAGCCAGACAACGGCUAUGGUCAAUUAUAAGGCAGUCUUCCUCCCGCGCAUAACAUAUGCCGCGGAAAUUUGGAUUAAGUGUCUGGAACUGAAAAAGUCCAUAGAAAAGCUAGGCAGCAUACAGCGAGACGCUCUAAAAGCAGUAACGGGUGCAUACAACACUGCAUCAACGGCAGCCUUACAGGUCAUAGCCGGUCUCAUGCCACUCGACCUAGAAAUAAAAAGACACUGUGCCAGAAUGGACCUAAGAAAUGGUAGAUGCACGCCCGACGAAUACGACGCUAAGAUAAACGAACUACUGGACAUUUGGCAGGACAGGUGGAAUCCGACACAAGACACUCCAAGGACGGGGGACUGGACCAGGAACCUCAUCCCCUGCGUAAAGACGAGAUACGGACUCCCAAUGAAAAUGAAUCACUAUAUUAGCCAGAUGCUGACAGGUCAUGGAGACUUCUAUGGAAAACUCCACUCCUUCAAACUGUCACCCAGCCCGAACUGCAGAUGA